UUUAGCAAAUGACGAGCUUGGCGCUCUUGAAGAGAGGGCUCCGAUUCUCGCGGGAGAGCUUCGCUGCCGCCGACAACGUCGCUCGCCUCUACAAUGCGGCCAAUGGCGCGGAGGUCCAUCUGAUAGGCACGAUGCACAUCUCGCAGCGCAGCGCUGAUAAAGUCCAACAGCUUAUUCGAUCGGUGAGGCCCAAUAUCGUCGCGGUGGAGUUAUGUCCUUCUCGAAUGGAUUGCUUGUUGGAACCAGAUGGAGGAGAUGAUGAGCCGAGGCGUGGAGUGAUUCGAGAGUUUCUCGAUUGUCCUGGAACUUUUGGAGAGAGGCUACUGCACGUCGUGCUUCACUUCUACUAUCAAGGUGUGAGGGACGCCGGGAUAGCAACAGCAUCAGAGUUCGUGGUAGCAGGCACUGAAGCUAUGAAACUCGGUGCUGAGAUUCAUCUCAUCGAUGAGAACAGCAAGGUCACUAAGGAGAGACUGAAUCGAGCACUCACCAUGCCUGUUGCUUUCAGGCUCAUAAGAAAGCUCUGGACAAUGAAAGAGUGCCAGGUGAUGCUCCACGCCAUACAAAACCGAAAGUUGAGUCUUCUCGAGUCCAUGAACACGAGAGAGAUUGCUUCGAGCUUGAUUCGUGACCUUCGCCUGGAGUUCCCGGAAGUGGUUGAUGCGGUAGUCGAUCAGCGAGACGAGAUCAUGACCAAGAGAUUGCUGUGCUGCGACGGGAAAAUCGUCGCUGUGGUGGGACUGGCACAUAUGGACGGGAUCGAAGACCGGUGGAAUGCGUACCAGAGUAAAGAAGAACACUUGCAGGCUGUGAGAGACGAUGGCUCGCUCUUCACGACAGUCGUAACUUUGUAGAAGACAACAUCGUGAUCGCUCAAGGUUUUUAAGGUGAUCGACCUGUGGCAAAAUUUUGAUGUUUUCACUGCCAAAACCACUAGGAAUUCUAUGCUUUUUGCGAUGA